GACACCGGAAGUGCUCAUACGUAAGCUGUUGUAGCUUUGCAGAAGUGACGAUGGACCCUACGUAGAAAUUGCUCACCGAGCUGCUUUAUACCGUAGCCAUUUACAUUCCAACCACGUGUGUGGACGACGAAUACACAUAGCUGUUAAUUAGUCCCGCAUUUAAUCAUUUUUUCACUGUUUGGACAUCACACAUGUUUGAAUAUACGGCGGGGACAUGAUGAAAAUACAGUGACAAAGACCAACAUUUUAUUCCAAGUUUCACCAGAGCUUCCUACAUCAGGAUGAAGGGACGAAGAGAUGCUCCUCAGGAUCGGGGCUGCUUAGUGGGGAUCAUUUUCUUCAUUCUGGGCCUGGGAACGCUGCUGCCAUGGAAUUUCUUCAUGACUGCCUCAUUGUAUUUCCAAGGUCGCCUAAACACAACAGAAUGGAGCAACGGUACAGUGGUGGUCCGCAAGGAAUACUACUUCAACAACUGGAUGACCUUGCUAUCCCAGCUGCCCCUGCUGCUGUUCACACUGCUCAACUCCAUUCUCUACCAGAGGAUAUCUGAGGCAAUCCGCAUUGCAGGUAGCCUGGUUUUUAUUCUGCUGCUCUUCAUCCUCACAGCAGUGCUUGUCAAAGUGCCUAUGGGGGAAGACCGUUUCUUCUCUGUCACAAUGGCUACAAUCUGGUUCAUCAACUCAUUUGGAGCUGUGCUGCAGGGCAGCCUGUUUGGCCUGGUGGGUCUUUUGCCCCAGAAAUACAGUGCCAUCUUCAUGAGUGGCCAGGGCCUCGCUGGGACCUUCGCUGCCAUCGCCAUGCUCAUAGCCAUAGGCAGUGAUGCAGACUCUGAAUCAGCAGCUUUGGGAUACUUCAUCACACCAUGUGUUGGGACGCUGCUUACACUCUUCAGCUACCUGCUGCUCUCCCGUCUGGACUUUGCCCAGUAUCAUCUGAACAAAAGCAACAAGUAUGAGGCAGGCACCACAGAUGAGCUGCUGAAAGAGAGCAGCACAGUGGAGAACGGCAAGCUGAAUGGCCAUGUUAAUGGCUCAGCUGGUGGCAGUCCAGCUGAGAACGAGGUGGAGGCCAGUGCAGACGGGACCAAGCGUGCCUUCAUGUCACUGGAGCAGGACGAGAGUGGACAAGCCAAGGCCUCGGUUGUAGAGGUCUUCAAAAAGAUCUGGGUGAUGGCAUUCUGCGUGACGUUCGUGUUCACAGUCACUCUGUCCGUCUUUCCCGCUGUCACCGCAGAUGUCAGAACAAUAUUCUCUCAAAAAUGGGAGCGUUUCUUUAUCUCAGUGUGCUGCUUCUUGACUUUCAACAUCAACGACUGGCUCGGACGGACCAUCACCACCUUGAUACGCUGGCCUCGUAAAGAGUCUCGUCUGUUCCCUGUGCUAGUUGUCUCCAGGGUGGUGUUCAUCCCUCUGCUGAUGUUCUGUAAUGUCCAGGGCCGCACCUACCUUCCCGUCUACUUCUCCCAUGAUGCUGUUUUCACUGCCAUCAUGGCUGUCUUCUCUCUGUCCAGUGGCUAUUUUGUCUGCCUUUCCAUGUCCUACGCACCACAGUUAGUGGAGCCUAAGGAUGCAGAGACUGCAGGAGCCUUGAUGACCUUCUUCUUAGCCCUGGGUCUGUCCAUAGGAGCCGCCCUGUCCUUCCCUCUCCGGGCUCUGGUCUAAUCACACAUACAGUGCAGCACUGCAUAGACACUGUAGAAUUUGUUCAAACAUACCUGGAGGAAGGAGGAACAUGAUAAAGGUUUUAUCAUGUUUGCACCCCUACCCCCUCAGCUCAUGAAGUAUCACAAAUGAGUGACAAGGUUCCCUUUUGAAAGUAGGAAUAAGGGAGAUUCUGUUAAUGUUACAUGCUGCCUACCUGGUAGAAAAAGAUGACUGUCUAUAUAUAGAAUCUGUAGGUUUCAGGUAAGCCUAUGUGUGAUAGAAGUAUUUUGCCACAGUUGAGCUAUGUUUAUAUGAAAUUUGUUUGGCUUUAAUAAUUUGAUUGAGGGUUUGAAUGAUUACAGUGAAUCUACUUAUUGUUAGAUCAAUAACAGUAGGUGUGUUGUUUAUUUCUUUAAAUAGUAUUUUGUAUUUUUUAAUGAAAUGGUAGAACAGACAAACAAAAAUACUUGUAUUAUUGUACUGUCAAUAAUAAAUGGAAGUUUGAAGAGCUGCCUCAUGGGAAAGGCUGAACGGAGCAAGUGGGAACAGGCUCAGGACUGAAACAGUUAAAGGGGUGAGGGUGGGGGGGACCCUGCAAGGAAUAGAUGCAAAAUGACCACACAGAACCUGGUAAUAACCACCGUUGAUAAAUGUUUAAUAGUUGUUAUAAUAUAUUGAAAUGCUUUCAAAGUUAUUUAGCAAUAUUUUUUUUUUAAGUUGCAACUGAUGUUUAUAAUAAUUUGUAAAAGGUUAAUAAAUACUGUGUGGUUCAGCUAUAUAUAACUUUACUUUAUACUUAUACUUUAUUACUUUACAAAGGGUUUCCAAAGCAUUUCAUUAUGAGUUUAAGGUUUUUUUUUUUUUUUUAAGUAUAAAUGUAAUAUUUGUAAUGAUACAAUUUAGCUGUUCUUUAGUCUUUUGUUGACAGGUGGGGGACAUUUAACAUGUUAGGGCCCUGUCUUCACUUAAUUGGACCAUGUAUCCUAUUUUAGUUUUGCUUCACCAAUACAAACCUACACCAGGCUACUACUGCCAUCAAGGCUACUACUGCAAUCUAUUGGUAAAAAGACUGACGUCCUUCAGAGUCGCACUUCCUUUACUGAAAGUGGAUCAACUUGAAAGACUUGUACUGUGACGCUGGCACAGCACCCGAUCAGAUUUGUUGAUAACAUGCCAGAGGCUAUGCUAACAGGUUAUAUGAGUAGGACAACAUUCUUCUCUUGACACAGGCCAGUACUGACACUAUGAUGCAAGUGUUCAGGCUCAAUACAGGAAGUAGCUUGACCUCAGUUUAUAUUGAAUCUUUAGCUUCUCCCAAGAACAACCAGCAGUUACGGUUUUGUUUCGAAAUGGAUCUGUGUAGAAAUGCUGUUGUUGUUGUAAGCAAUAUAAAACAAAAAAACAAAAGAAUCUAAUCAGAUCUGGAAAGUAAGGUGGUUCUGUUUUAAAAAGAACCAAAAAAAUUAAAAGGCACUGCACUUGUUAGUAUGAAAUGAAUAUUGUAUUGGCUUCCUGGCUAUUUCAGACACUUUUUGGAUUAUUUCAGUCAUUAUUACCAAUGUGCCAUUGACAAAUUAUUUCAUUUUUUGGGGAUUUGUUGGGAGAGUUCUUUGUUUCAACCCUAUGAUCAACAAAAUGUUUUUAAUUUAGUUUGCUUAAAUGUGUGUUAAGCCUUUAAUUUACACUAUUUUUAUUUACUGAUUCUGUGAAAUUAAGAGUUUUUAUUAUUGUAUGAGUUGUCAUGUACAUGUACAGUAAAUGGAGAACAUUUGUGUUGUGAUAACUGCUGUUUCAAAUGAACCAAGGGCUGAGUCCUGCUAGUGGGAGCAAUAAUAAUUUAAUGGGACUAAAACUUUAGAAGUAGUUUUUUUUUUUUCUUUUUAGAAAUACAUUACUCAUGCUGCCUUCACAUCUAGUGGGACUUAUCUGCAGCUUUGGCGCACAUGCAUUCAUAUCUGGGUGAAUAAGGCAGUGUGAACCAAAAUGACACAGACACAAAGUAGUUCUCAGGGCAGCUAUGAGUACUUGCUGCCAAUCCCAAAGUUUAAAAGCAGGUGAUGCUAAUUAAUAUCACAACACUUUUUCAGUUGGAAGCUAAUAUUGACGAUAUUUCCUUCAGAAUGUCAAUGCAGCAUCAGUUAUGGAGAUGAAGAGGUACUCUUAUGUACCAUCUUAUGUUAUGAUUUUAACUGUUAUAGUUUACUUCCUCUCUACUUUUUGAAGUGUUUGUACAAAGAAUGUAGAUGAAUGUUCAGUGAUGAGAUAUGUCUAGGUCACAGGCCUAAUUCAGCCUAAUUACAUUAAAAAUAUUCAGCCUUAAUGAGAAUGAAACCCAGUUAAAAAGAUUCCUGUUGCAUUUAUGUCAUAUUGGAUUGACUAAAUACCCGCUGCUCUAUUCCCCCUUGUGGUCAUUUAAAGAACUGAACCAGAGUGAUCUUGGGUCGAUGCCUUAUCAAAGCACCAACAUGUCAUAUUCUUGUGUCUUCUCUGAUAUGAUAUGAUUGCAGCAUAAAUACCCAGUGUGACCCAGUUCAUGCUGCACACUUGUGCUUAAUCCAAAUAAAUGCGGACAGAAGACAGAUACAGAGGAUUGAACUACUGGACUAGAAAAGGGAAUUCAUGCUUAUGCAUGUUCAAAAUGUAUCUUGAUCUGACCAUCAAUAAAUAGAUGGUUCUAACAGGUGGUGUA